GCUUCUUCUGUAAUAAAUAACACUGCUCAACCCUCCUGGGCCGUCUUGAAAUGACGUUCCCGAGGUUACUGUUACUUCUCUGAAGACGGGAUACACCGUAUCUUUUCUAUGUCAUCGCCACUCUAAAAGGUUGAAGGGUUUUCUAAAAUCCCAGCCUGCAACUGUUACCAUACGAACUUCUACGACAUUCGUACCAUCCCACAGCUCCUUGUGACCGUGGGUAACUUCCAUCGAUUGCUCCCAGCCAUGUUACAGCCGCCAUAGUUCGAAAUUGGAGGAAAUUGUGUUUCUGAGCACUUGGUGGCCGAGCGCCGUCUCAUUCCCUCGCCAUCAUGACCCAAGAAGACGACGCGGCGCGCGACUCGGCGCCCGAUCUACAAAUCCUGGGAGAUCAAAUCACCCUUCAGCCGAGAAGCUAUGUCGAGACCCGCCGUCCGGACGAUCAUGAUGAAGAAGCCCUCAUGAAGAAUAUGGCCCGGUUUCGCUCCGAACCUCUACGCUUCCUCCGUGAGGUCUCCCUCUAUGUGUCUGGCACCGGCUGGCGCGCAUACGACAGCUUCAUCGGCAGGCCCAUCUUCUACUCCGGCUUCUCGGAGCAGAUGAGAACCUCGGUCGUAUCCGCGCCCUUGCUACAAACGCGCAUAUCCCAGCUUGCCGACAAGCGACUAGAAGUGGAAGAAAAUGAAGGCUGGCUGAGAAAGGAGGACAAGGACUAUGCCGUCAAGCGGGCGCAUAGACGGGCUGUCAUAGAGUCCGGCAUCCGAGACGUUGCCGACAAAAUGACCGACGACAUGAUCUGCAAGUUUGAGAGCAAGACUUUCAUCAGAGGCGCCUACUAUCUAGUCACGCAAUUGCUAACUCGAGCUUACCAUCAAGGGAUUCAUGUGUCUAGCGAGGAAGUCCUACGACUAAGAAAAGUGGCCGAGGAGGCCGAGAGAAAUGGCCAGAGCAUUAUAUUCUUACCGUCUCACCGUUCACAUGUCGAUUAUGUUUCCCUGCAGUUAAUAUGUUACCGUCUAGGCCUAGCUUUACCUGUUGUUGUGGCUGGAGAUAAUCUAAAUUUCCCUGUGGUCGGGAGCUUUCUUCAACAUGCUGGCGCCAUGUGGAUUCGAAGGUCUUUCGGCAACGAUACCCUGUAUACCACUCUUGUACAAACUUAUAUAGACACGAUGCUCCAAGGCGGUUAUAACUUCGAAUGUUUUAUAGAAGGCGGGCGAUCCCGCACCGGAAAACUAUUACCCCCCAAAUUUGGCAUUUUGAGUUUCGUACUAGACAGCAUCUUGUCUGGCCGAGUUAAGGAUGCUAUUGUCUGUCCGGUCAGCACGCAGUAUGAUAAGGUUAUCGAAACUGAAGGCUAUGUUACGGAGCUUUUAGGUGUUCCCAAGAAGAAGGAGAAUCUAGCGGAUUUCCUCAGUGGCGGGUCAUCAGUACUAUCCCUCAAAUUGGGAAGAGUCGAUGUUCGUUUCCAUGAGCCCUGGAGCCUUCGUAAAUACAUUGAUGAGCAGUUGACGAAGCUCAAUAGAACUCCGAGCACUGAAGACUACACUCUCAAGACGCCAGAAAAUGCCGUUCUGAAGCAAAAGUUGCUGAGAACAAUGGGAUACAAGGUUCUUUCCGACAUCAACGAUGUAUCAGUCGUUAUGCCGACUGCCCUUAUUGGCACCGUGCUUCUUACUCUGAGAGGCCGUGGCGUUGGCAAGGCAGAACUCCUGCGACGCAUCGAAUGGUUAAUAGCACGCGUCAGCGAUAAAGGAGGUCGUGUGGCUCACUUUGGAAAUUCCCCCUUAGAAGAUGUUGUCAAACGUGGCCUAGAAGUACUUGGUAAAGAUCUUGUGGGAGAGGUCCAAGGCUUGGCCGAGCCAACUUUCUAUGCGGUCGACCGAUUCCAACUCUCUUUCUACCGGAACAUGACGAUUCACCUGUUCAUCUCGGAAGCUCUGGUGAGCGCUAGCAUGUACACGCGGGUCAAGCAAGGUGGUGGACCGGCGCAUCAAGAAAUCUCAUACACAGAUCUCCGGGAACAAGUUCUGUUUCUCUCAUCGCUUUUCCGAGGCGAAUUCAUUUUCCCUAGUGAAGGCCUGGCAGCAAAUCUGGAGAAGUCUCUGGUCGGGCUUGAGAACGAUCGAGUGAUAAAGUUGCAGAGAGAUGAAAAUGGAGCGAUAUGCAGUAUCGGACUUUCUGAUGAGGAGAGAUUAGCCGGCCGGGAAAACUACGACUUCUAUUGCUUCCUGAUCUGGCCUUUCAUCGAAUCGAGCUGGCUAGCGGCGACAUCGCUUAUGGGACUGACCCCACCAAUUCACCAGAAAGAGGAGAUAUGGAUUGAAGUCGCCCAAGCCCAAAAUACGGCGCAGCUGCUCGGUAAGACGUUAUAUCACCAAGGAGAUCUCAGCUACUUUGAGGCCGUCAACAAAGAGACGAUCAAGAACAGCUACCAGCGCUUUGAAGAAGAAGGCAUUUUAUACGCAGUCAAGUCAAAAGAUGCCAAGACGCCACCGCGAUUAUGUCUCGCUUCCGAAUGGAGGGCGCCGCGUGAUCCCGACUCGGGCGCGCUGCUCGCCUCGGGCAAACUAUGGGAUUUCAUCGAGCGCAUCGCAUCGAGUCGGCGAGAAGGCAAGAACCGACGUGAUGGCGCUACUGUCAGUACCCGCGUGCUCAAACUGACAGAUGCCCUCGGCGCCGAGCUAUUCGAGAAGGCUGCUGCGCCCGAGAGUAAGAUCGAUACGAAACUGAGCAGUGAAGAUGCUGUCAAGCUCCAGAAGGCCGUCAAGGCUGAGAGGAGAAGGAGGAAGAUGGAAGGGCGAGCCCAUUUGUAGAUCGCUGUGCUCAUAUAUGCCAAUAGCCUAUGGGAAGUGGUUCCGCGUCUUAGAAGAGGUGGAUAUAUAUAUAUAUAGUCGCGUUUAUAUCCAGCUUUCCAGUACACGAUAUAAUAAUACCAUAUGAAUAGAUAUAUACAAAUUAGA